GGUAAUAUGAAAAUAUUUGAAAUUGAUGGGUGGCGUGUUAAAUUCUCUAAAUUUUUGCUUACACCAAAAUUUUUUUUUUCCUUUAUAAGGGUAAUACGGAUUUAAUAAUUUUUUAUUUGAUUGAGUUUAAACUAGUCCGGCCGUAAAGUUAUCAAUAUUACUCUUUCGCUAUGCAUAUUCAUCAGCUUCAAAACGACACAGUUUCCAAUUCCGUCAAUCACCGAAUUCCACCGCCAUUCUUACCGGAAGAACUCAUCAGAGAGAUCCUCUCGCGGCUUUCAGUGAAGUCGCUUCUUCAAUUUAAACGCGUUUGCAAAUUAUGGAAAACCCUAAUCUCCGAUUCCCAAUUCGCAAAGAGCCAUCUUCAAAUCUCACGCAUCACCACCCAACAAUUGGUCUUUUCCGUUAUAGAAGAACCGUACAAAAUCGCAUCUUUCUCUUUGGAGCCAUUAUUUGAAAACUCAUCAACCUCUGUUGAACCUGUUACCCUCCGCUCCAUGAAGAAUAACCAGAGAUGUAUUAUAGGUUCAUGCAAUGGUCUUCUAUGUGUUUUUAACAGCUCUCAAAAUACUGUCAAACUGUGGAACCCUUCUAUCAGGUUCAAAUCCAACAAAUCUCCACAAGCUGUUUCGCCUGAUUGGCAUAUCAUGCAUUAUGGUUUUGGAUAUGAUCAAGUUAAUGAAAAGUACAAGGUGUUAUUAGUUGCGCGAAAUAAGUAUAAUUUUACUCAAUCUUUGACCAAAACUUAUACCUUUGGUGAAAAUAUUUGGAAAACUAUUCCGAAUUUUUCUUUUAGGCCCACUAAGAGGAUAGGAAAAUUUGUGAAUGGCACACUUAGUUGGAUGGUAUAUAAAGGUGGCCCUAAUAUUUUUGAUCAAUUCAUGAAUAUUUUUUCUUUUGAUCUAGAGAAGGAGACUUACAGAGAAAUGUUACUACCUCAAAUUGACGGUGAUAAUGUGCACAUUCAUCGUACACUAUAUGUUUUGAGUGACUGUCUUUGUGUGUGGGAUGUUAACGGUGUUGUGUGGUCAAUGAAAGAGUAUGGUGUUGUUGAGUCAUGGACUAAAUUAUUGAUUAUUCCUUACAAGAAAAUCAUCCUCCAGAAUCAACUUUAUUAUGUUGAACCCUUGUUCAUUUCAGAUAAUAGUGUUCUUCUCAUGAGAACAAAGUUUUCUCAGUUUCACCUACUUAACUUGUUUCGUAAUAAUGCAAAUCGAACUUCUUUUGUUGAACCCUUGGUCAUUUCAGAAAAUGGUGGUGUUACGCUAAUACCAGAAUCGUCUUCCGAACUUGUGUUAUAUAAUUCAAAUAGUGGCUGCUUGGAUCCUUUGAUAACUAUAACUAGCACACUUGGGCUCGAUCUACAUAUUCAUUGUGAGAGUUUGGUAUCACUGCAAUGGUAAAUUACAUUUUUCAUCUUUUGUUCUUAUCUUUUUUUUUUUGUGGCAAUUAUGGUGCAACAGAAAAAUAUGUUUGAAUCAUGUCAUCUCUUGUUAUUUAUCAGAGAUGUCAAUGGUUGGAUGAAUGAUCACUGCCUUGUGGGAAUUCAGUUAAUGUUUGCAGGAAUCUUCUUUUUGUUCUAUUUCAUUUAGAAACUAUAUGUUUGUUAUGUUGUUACAAUCAUCUUUCACUUGC